AUGAAAAAAGGUGAAGAGGAUGUAGAUGAUAAAAAGAGUGAAAGGGAUGAAAAGAGUGAAGAGGGUGAAAAAGGUGAAAAAAGUGAACAGGAUGAAGAGGAAGAAGAGUGUGAAAAGUGUGAAAAGUGUGAAAAGGACGAAAAAAGUGAAGAGGAUAAAGAUGAUAAAAAGAGUGGAAAGGGUGAAGAGGAUGAAAAAAGUAAAGAGGAUGAAGAGGGUGAAAAUAAUAAAGAAAAUAAUGAGAAUAAAGAGUUAUCAAAUGAAAAUUUUAAAGAUUCAAGUAUUGAGGAACAAACAAAUGAAAAAGAAAUUUUUGAACUCACCCCAGAAGAUGAAUUUAGGAUCGACAAAAGAGAAAUAAAAAAAUUCACCAAAUUUUGGUACAGAAAUAACCAAUCAAAUUUAAUGACCAUCACAAAUAAUGAAAUUCCAAUAACAUUAAUAGAAUAUUUAAAAAAUAAAAUAGAAAAAAGACAAAAAAUUCAUGGAUCAUGGAGUAUUCAAUCACUUAAAUCGCUUAUAAAUGAAUCAAAGAAAAAUAUUAGAUAUUUGUGGAAGCCAAAAGACAAAUGUUUUAUAGAAUUAUGUACUAAAUAUCCCAACUAUGUGGUUAACGGACAAAUACAAUUAGAAAACGAAGUGGUUAGAGAUAUGGUUUAUAAUAAAUUUUCUUUUAAAAUUACUGAUGAAGAUGCCACAAAAAUAGCAAAAUGGAUUUUAUUGGACAAAGAGUCUUUUUAUUCUUAUACAAAACCAGAUUAUUUAAAAAAUGAUUAA